UUAUUGUCUCGCGGGACCGCGGCUGGCAGACGGGCUCUUGGGCGGCUCUGGCCGGGGAAGACGAGUCGCAUGUGUCGUUUCAGCUGGCGGUAGUGGCGGGCGCGGAGGCGGCGGAGGCUGUACGACCGCCUGGGUUUUGAAAUGGCUGCUGACAUUUCUGAAUCCGGUGGGCAUGAUUGCAAAGGAGACCCGAGGAGCAAUACCAAGUUAGAUGCAGAUUACCCACUUCGAGUCCUUUACUGCGGAGUCUGUUCGUUACCAACAGAGUACUGUGAAUAUAUGCCUGAUGUUGCUAAAUGUAGACAAUGGUUAGAGAAGAAUUUUCCAAAUGAGUUUGCAAAACUUACUGUAGAAAAUUCACCCAAACAAGAAGCUGGAAUUAGUGAGGGUCAAGGAACAGCAGGGGAAGAGGAAGAGAAGAAAAAACAGAAGAGAGGUGGAAGGGGUCAAAUAAAACAAAAAAAGAAGACUGUACCACAAAAGGUUACGAUAGCCAAAAUUCCCAGAGCAAAGAAGAAAUAUGUAACAAGAGUGUGUGGCCUUGCAACUUUUGAAAUCGAUCUUAAAGAAGCACAAAGGUUUUUUGCUCAGAAAUUCUCCUGUGGUGCCUCAGUAACAGGGGAGGAUGAAAUCAUCAUUCAGGGAGACUUUACAGAUGACAUAAUUGAUGUCAUUCAGGAAAAAUGGCCAGAAGUGGAUGAUGAUAGCAUUGAAGAUCUUGGAGAAGUGAAGAAGUGAUUUUGAAAAGUUGUCUGUAUUUAAAGAUCUGAACUGAUUGUUGAUAUGGCCAAAGGGAGAGAGGCCUUUUAAAAUAUAUAUAUAUAUAUAUAUAUAUAUAUAUAUAUAUAUAUAUAUAUAUAUAUAUAUAUAUAUUUAUCCUACAGUAAAACUGUAGCCUACCCUCACCCUUGGCAUUUUCACUGUUCUGUACAGGGCUGCUUGUUUUUUUUUUUGUUGUUGUUGCCAAAGUCUGAUAAACAGGAGAGACUGUCAUGCUUAUGCAUGAAAUAGAAUUUAGUCAAAUAAAAAAUUUUGGUCAUUUGGUACUGA